AUGCUCUGUAAUCCAGAUCCUGAGCCCAGGAGCAUCCAAAUUACCCUCAACGGGGUCGAGAAGACUUUGACUUUCUGUGAUAACGGGAUCGGUUGCAGCAGCCCCGUCAGGAUGCACACGCUCGGAUCGAAGCAAGAGGCGCCAGCACAGGAUACUGAUCUUCAUGAUGGUCCAAUCUCGUUCGGAAGGUACAUGAAAGGAACACUUUCACGCUACGGUGUUGGAACAAAGAAUGCUUGUAAGGCUCUUGGGGAAACAUUCGUCACUAGUAGCAAGACGAGGAACAUGCGAUCCUUGGUGCAUAUUGUGAGAGAGCUAGACGAGGACGAUUUCAAAGUCAACCUGGUCACAAGGUCGCUGAGAGAUGGUGAGGAGGCAGCGGCAAGUUUCUGCAAGAUCGAGGUGCAUAAAUUUCGGUUCGACGAAUUCUUUUGUAGAGAUGGUGCUGUCUCAUUCCAAGUGCUGGAACAGUUUCUGACGAACUUGCGGGCCAUGUACUACCUCUGCGUUCAAAGGGAGAACUCGGGAAGCAACAGGUUGGUAGACCACGUCUUGAACCACUGGCAUAGGUCUUGUAUGAUGAAACCUGCAAGGUCAGGUCGCGUGCCUAAAGCGGUAGAGAGGUUCAAGUCCGACAUGGAAAAAGUCAAGGAGGCGAUGGAGAGGUAUAAGAUGGAGGAUACCAACGAUCAUAUUACCAUCGAGUUCCGAGUGAUCUUUGAGACCUCCGCUGCUCCUCACGUAUACCGACUCUCAGACUCAACAUGCUGCUUGGAUCAGAUGCUCGGAAGUCAUCCCAAGGAUUUCUUCCCGAUCUACGUGGAGGUCGAGCUCGAAAGCAAAAAGAGGUCAAUCGUGACUGGAGCGGUGUUCUAUUUCCCAAGGCUGCGGGAGAUGGAAACUGUGCCUGCGGUAGACGAGGUCGUCGGACAAUCCUCCGGGAACAAACGUCGGUUCAUGACGUUUUGGAUGGGACGAUGGCUAACUGAAGAGCAUUUUGUUCCUAACUUCAUGAAGUUCCCACGGGAGAAGCCUCUGAAAGCUCCCGAGCGCUGCUACGACCGCACAUUUGGGGUCAUGUUUGUGGACCGGGGAAUUGAGCCAGGAGCAGACAAGACUAUGUUCAGAAAGAAUGGAAAAUGUCUGAAUAAUUUGAUCUCUGCGCUGGAAUCAGAGCAACUUCGUCAGACGUACGACCUGUGGCUGAAAGAAUGUCACCUCAAGUACGAUGCUGAAGUUUCUUUCGAGGGUGAAAACCCCCAGUACAUCAAAGCACAGGAUGUUUCUGAACACGAUAAGGUGGUCUUCUGCGAUGAAACGUUUUCACUUGGCCAGUUGGUCAAGGUGUACAAGGAGAUAGGAGGGAAAAACAAUGCCUCCGAGGAACAUGUGGGCACGAUAAAGAGACUUCUACAGGACGAUCACUUUAUCAAAAACAACUGCUCUGGAGAAGUUGAGAUCAUAGAGCUAGCUUCGAACAACAGCUACACAGAGAAGAGGUACAAGAUACCAGCGUUCUCGAUGUCGACGAUCACAGAUGAUCAACUCGAGGCUGUCAAAUCUCAGAACGAGGAGUCGAUAGUUCGAAAAGUGAUCCCUGAGCUGAGAAACGAAAGAUUUGAGGCUGGUUCCAGCAUUGAAUUUCCUAAGCUAAUCUUCAAAAACUCCAAGAAUACCAACAUCUCAAACAACUCCGCCAUGGUGGAAGUGACUGUGACAGGUUCGAAAAACUUCAAAGAUGCUUUCAAUAUGCCUAUUGCCAAGCCUGGAUGGCCCACUGAAGUGCUGAACAAAUUUUCGCGAAUUGCUGAUCUGUACACCUUCGAAGUCAAACCGAAAUCCGGGCAAUCUUUCAGUAGCGUUCCCUUGAACUUCAAGAUCGUCCCCACGAAGAUGAACGACGUUUUCCUCUAUCCACGUACUUCAACAAUCUAUCAAACGAUAGGCAAGGCGUGCUCAUACGAGCUCAGAAUCGAAGAUGAAUAUCAAAACAACAUCUUGCUCCUCGGACGCGUUCACCGGCUUGAUGUCGUUGUCGAUGAAACCCAAGCGCAAAUGUUGUCGCUGACUUUCAACCCGAGCUUCGGUGAGUCCGUUGUAAGCAUUUCAGACCUCUGCGUGAACCGCGCCCUCGUUGGGUCAUACCGAGCUCGCAUCAUCAUAACGCACACGCGUACGGGUCAUAGAGUGGAGAACGAAAUCUGCAUGCAAGUGCAGCACGGAACUCCAUACUUCAUACAACUUCAAGGUCCUGCGACAGAGUUCAUCAACUACGGAGACUUCGAUGCAGAUGUUGAUAUUCGAGACGCAAGCAGCAAUGUUUGUGAAGGUAGCACCCAGCGCAAUCUCUACCUCACCAGCCCAGACCUGUUGUUUGCAAACAGAGCGAGCUGGGAAAAGAAAGAAGUCAGAAUGGGAGCUUGUGAACUGCAGCCCAGCUGCAUGAGCCGUUUGUUCAAAUGUGCCAGAGCUCCACGCUCUUCCAAUCUGAAAGCAUCCAAGCAGAAAGAUCCGAUAGUCAAUGAGCAGCUCAUGAACCGAUGGAGGGAGACAACUUCGAAGCAGGCAACUCCGAUUGGAGUGUUUCACAACGAUCAUGGUUUUUUCCAAGAGGGUGACUUUAUUUUGCUUGAAACCAAGGAGAUCUUGCGCAAGGGAGAUCAUCGCAAGACCUAUCCCAAGCUCACCCUGUACGCCAGGAUCAGCUCAGUCUUGAAUCAAACGGAAAUAACCACAGCAAAACCUGAGACGGCAAUCAGAGCAACUUACUUUGAGCUCGAGAAGACUCCUAAGAGGCUCAAGCUGCUCCGAGCAGGGGAGGAGCUGGCAUAUACCAUGUCCCAACAUCAAGAAAGAGAAGCCAGGAUCGUCACAGAGCACGACGAGCAGAUUUCAAACUUGCAGCUUGAGGUCACCGACGAGGCCAACCAGAGCUGCAAGGAAAACUUGAUCGUCUCUACAAAGUUGAUGGUGGAGUGUAGCUGGGACGAGCAGGGUCUACAGGUCAACAGCAAUGCUCUGGAUGAACCAGUGGUCUUGCCGAGCUUGCAUGUGGAAAGAAACAGCAAGCAGACGAUAUCAGUGCAUGUGCGCGAUGGCGACAAUGAUACCAGGUUGUGCAAAUAUUCGCUGAAUGUGCUUGUGAGGGCUGGAGCUCCGAAGAUGUUGAGAUUAUCUCUUAUAGACACGCUGACGGUGACUGUUGGUGAGCUGUUCGAGCUGCGAGGAGAGAUUGUUGAUGGAGUUGGCAACCCAAUCGAUUCGUCAGAAAAUGUAGACGUACGUCUGGUAUCCGUGAUUCCCUUGUCUUUUGAGUACGACCAAGUUCAAGAUGAUCAGGCUGAAGGGAAGGUCGUCAUGUAUGAUUCUGGGUCUGUUGUUGUGAAGGACCAAGAUGUGCUGAGCUACAUGAAGGUCACGGGUUCGCAGGUAAGAGGGAUCAGAGCUCGUCUCCUGUCAAGACCGGCCAAGGGUUCACUGAAGCUCGGGCUCCAAGUAAAGGUCGACAAGGAUCUCCAAGUCUACGAUCUUGCCCCCAUUCCACUUGACGUCCAUCCCCUUAUUGGCAAACCCGAGAAGAUCUGCGUGGAACCGGCGCAGGCGACUUUUUGCAUGUCGGUAGACAGCAAGUCUCAGCACCCCUGUGACGUCACAUUCAUCGUGGCAGAUGCAGCUGGGAACAACUUGUCAGAGUCAAGCGAUGGUGACCUCUACAUGAAAAUACGAUUGGAGGCUGUCAAGCUUGUCAAGGUGUCUGAUCCCUUGAUCGGAACGUGCUUCAAGCUGAGAAAAGUUCCUCCCCUUUCCGCUGGCGAGCACAACGCAGAAAUAAGAUGUACGGGGAAGAUAACGGCUUACAACUUCAAAGUCAUCGCAAACACUUGCAACCAUGUGAUGAAUAUUGCGAUGAAGAUACAAGAGGAGCAGAGGCACCUUGAGUACAGGGACGAUGAGACGAUCGGACGAGCUCAGUUCCUCGCUACCAUUGAAUUUCACACUGAGGACAAGAGAGGUCUUGAGAUGCAGAACGAGAGGCCCGACGUGAAGCUCUACAUCGAAGAUCGUGUGGUAGAGAUGAAGUACGGCAGCUUUGAGGGUAACAGCCUUCAGAUCUCCUUCACCCUCUUUCGGGUAGGAAACUUUGAAGUUCACGCCGUCUUCACUGAUACACGCGCAUCCUACGCUGGAGCUGAGAGCAUCCGAUCCAGCGGCUGCGGGGUGAAAGUGUGGGCAGGAGCUGUCGAGCAGCUGAAGAUGGAACUAGUCCCUUCCCUCCCAUCUCAUCGUCUACAGUGGAGCUAUGAUGUGCAAGCAUGCGAUCGAGGAGGAAACGCGUCAGAUUUUCAUCCUAUCAGGGACUGGAAAGUUUCAGUGCUGCCGAAGCUUAACAAGGAUGCAAACUUCAGGAUCACAGCUGAGACAGUCGCCCUGGGCGCAAGCGUGUCCAAGGGCACGGGUGGUUUCAGCCUGAUCCGUCAGCGUAGAGCCCAAAGGCCUGCGCCAUCCUGCAAUGUCAAGUUUCGUCUCAACAGCAACAUCCCCUUGAAGCCGAUCUCUGACUUCACGCUGAAAAUUCCUCCUCCAGAUCCAGAGAUCAGUGACGAUGGAGACGCAAACGUUGUGGAGGAGGAGGACGAUGGUAUGGAGACAGGACUGAACGAUGGCAAAGGCGACUUGGAGCUUGGUGACGCGAGGAGAAGGGAGGAGGAAAUGGAGCGGGCAGCACUUGAGAUGCGAGUGAAACUAUCAGGGUUGUACAGUACAAUGUCAAAUGCCAUGGAAAAUCUCCCGAAGGCAGACUUGUUGUGCGCUGAAAUCCGAUCCUUCUACGCUCCUCCUCCCUCAGCGCAAGAUCCUGAGGUGGACAAGUAUUGCGAGAAAAUGCUUGCACAUGUUGCAGUGAUCAAAGAAACCGUGCAGAGAGAGAAGUCGAAAGUGGAAAGCGAUUCAAAUAGGCUACACAACAAGAUGGCCUUGAGCAACGUGAGGCUUUUCAGAGAGUGCAAAGCGUUGGGUUGUGUAUCAACAUUGUACUUGAUAGAUCAUGUAAGGUCCUCAGACAUUCAGACCGCACUGUCAACAGCCUACGGUGAAGAUCUGGACUGUGUCGUCUUCCAGACUGUCUCAGACUGCAACAGCCAGUUGGACAGGAUCUGUAACGACUCGAAGUGCAAGACUAUCGCUGUCGCCUCCCUCGACUCUCUGUCUCAUGUGCUGCAAGCAGAUCGAGUGCCGGAGGCGCUAGGGCGAGCGAGUGAAUUUAUUAGGUUGGAGAAGCGGCACGAUGCUGCUACUGAAGAGAAGCUUUGCAUGCUUGCAGAGCACCUGUUCAGCGAUCUCAUUAUCUUCGAAAAGCUCGAGCAGGCGACACGGUACUAUCAACGCGCUGCUCGCCGAGGCGACAUGAUGGUGGGGCUAGAUGCUCCGAACAAGGUGCUGAUGUGGAACGGAAGGAGAAAGGUCAGCAACAGAAAGUCGACUCACACGAGGUUGGGUCUCCUCGACCUGCUUCGCUGCUCAAGAUACUCGACGCUGAAGCAGCAGGAGCACGACCUUAUGCGGAUCGAGAAGAAGAUGCAGGCAAGGGCUGAAGAAGCUGCAAGGAUCUCACCUGACCUGGUCCUUUCUCCUCAGGUGAUCCGCGACACGUUUAUCGAGAUCUCAGAGCUCGAGAGCAAGCUCAAGACCCCCGGCUCUCCCCCAACUGCAGGAUCCAAGAUCAUGCCCUCUAAUGUGACCAACACUCCCAGCUCGGCAAUGACGCCGCUGACCUCCAAGAAGACUCCGUCCAAGCGAAAGAAAGAGCGACAGGAGGAGCAGGAGCCUGAGGCCCUUCCAAGGCAGCUGCGGAUGAAGCCGAGGAGGCUAAUAGGAGAGAGGAAUGAUUGA